UAAUUACCAAUACCCAAUUCCUUCCUUUCACUCAUUCCUUUGUUUCCUUUGCCAACAAUCAUAGGUAUCCAUCCCUUUUUCUUCUCUCUCUCUCUCUCUCUCUCUCUUUUUUCCCCAUAUAAAAUAGAGGCAGUGGAGGAGGUUGGAGAGGCAAGCUAGAUGGAUAUGGAUCCUCAAGAUCUUUGUGACGCCGGACUUUCCUUAGGCUUGGCCAUCGGCCAUGGCCGCGCCACCAGCACCGCCUCCACGGCCGAUCACUGUCUCCGCCACCGGAGACGACACCUGCGGGAGUCGGCUUGCCUCACCUUGAGCCUCGGCGGCGGCGCUGACGACGUGCUCAGGGCCAUGCAGAGCAGUACUGCUGAUACAGUGGAAAAAGAGGGCCGGCCGGUGGCUUCCCCUUGCAGCGCCGUGUCUUCAUUCUCCUCUGCCUCCGCCGCCGUUGCCGUUAAGAAGGAGAAGGACGUCGAGGAGGCGGAGAGGGUGUCUAAUAAUUGUAGGGCGAGUGAUGAGGAGGAAGACAAUAGCUGCUGCCGGAAGAAGCUUAGGCUCACCAAAGAGCAGUCUGCUCUGUUGGAGGACCGGUUCAAGGAGCACAGCAGCCUUAAUCCAAAGCAAAAGCAAGCCUUGGCCAAGCAAUUGAAUCUGCGUCCGCGGCAAGUCGAAGUUUGGUUCCAGAAUCGCAGAGCAAGGACGAAGCUGAAGCAAACGGAGGUGGAUUGCGAGGUCCUGAAGCGGUGCUACGAGACGCUGACCAACGAGAACCAGAGGCUGCUCAAGGAGCUGCAGGAGCUGAAGGCCCUCAAGUUCGCGCCGCAACUGCCGCUCUGCAUGCAAUUCCCAGCCGCCACCCUCACCAUGUGCCCCUCCUGCGAGAGGAUCGGCGGCGGCGGCGCCACCGCCUCCGCCUCUGCCACCGCCACCAUCGUAGCAGCAGCAACUCCGCCCAAGUCCGGCCACCGCUUCUUCAACUCCUUCACCCGCUCCGCAGCAUGCUAAUUGCUAAUCCAUUGAAUUCAAUUAGCCAGAUAGCUCAAAUAUCCAUUACAGACUCCUAAUUCAAAUUCUCCUAAACUCCAAGCUCAUAUAUGCUUCAUCCGGUCGGGCUAGUGCAACUCCUCUGUGAUCAUCAUCUUUGUACAGAAAUACAAUAUAUGUUCAGAAAAACAACAGAUUAGAAAGAAUAAAAAAAAUUACAUUAA